CUCAUACCUCUAGUCUAAUUGCAUACUCGUACAUUUCACAAUUGCAGAAAUGUGGGGCUAUGAAGGGUUUUUAUGCCUGACCGUAUUGGCUCUACUAGCACAACCGUGAGCCGAGACGCUGGUCCGUGUAGGCCCUGGCCUGGUAACACGGAGACUUACCUCCUUGGAUGUCAUCUGUACAAAGACCAUGCCAAGCGUCAAAAUACCAUUGUCUGAAACAAGCCCCCACAGAGAUCAUAUUGUCCGUAAUAUGUCAAAGGUAAAGGCCCCGAACAUGAAAACAAAACCCGUCUGGACAUUGUUAUGCAAAUCGAAGCAAUGAUUGAGGCAAGGACUAUUCUUUUUCAAGGCCUUUACCCCAGACAUGCCGCACAUGUGUUCGGAUCUCUGUGAGGGGACUUAUAUGCAGGAGGCUCUUCCCUUGGCUUUAUGACCCUUUAUCAAACAAACUAAUGGCCCGACAAACAUUAUCUCCAGGCAAUUUAUGAGAAGUUAGUAUUUUUGACGCCUGAUUUUUUUUCUUAAAUCAACUUAAUGUUGCUUGUGCUUGUCAGCUGGGUCGUUUGAGUGGACUGUCUCAAGAAAGCAACUGCUUGUUUUCUAAAUGGUACAAUUGCUUUCCUUUCCUGCAGUGUCAGAGAGCUAUUCCACAUGGCGACUCCGACUGUAUCUCAUCUGCAAAAAGAGAAGGGAAGUAAUGGACGUGGAGAAGAUCUUCCGCGUACACACAAGUAUGGUGACAAGGAGAUGAAUGACUUUAAGAGGCACAUAUGGACUCACACCGGUGAGAAACCAUUUAGGUGCGAGAAUUUUGUAUUGUAUUUAUUGUAUUAGAAGUUUUGUAUGCUGGGUCAUCUAAAGAGGCAUAUGCGGACUCAUACCGUUGAAGGACGGUAUAAGUGUGAUAAGUGUAGCAAACAGUUUAGUGAGCUGGGUUAUUUGAAGAGGCACAUGAGGACUCACACUGGUGAAAAACCUUACAGCUGUGAGGAGUGCGGCAAACAGUUCAGUCAGCUGAGUAAUCUAAAGAGCCAUAUGAGGACUCAUACCGGUGAGAAACCUUACAAAUGUGAGGAGUGCGGCAGACAGCUUGGUCAUCUGGAGAGUCACAUGCGGACUCACACCGGUGAGAAGCCCUAUAGGUGUGAUGAAUGCAGCAAACAGUUUAGUCAGCAUGGCACUCUGAACAGGCAUAUGAGAACUCAUACUGGAGAAAAAAAACUGCAGAUGUGAGGAGUGAAACAGACAGUUCAGUAGUACUUAAGUCAGUAGUUAUAAUACAGAUAUAGGUUACUCUGUUGAUAACAGUGAACUAGCGUUAUAUGAUUCAGUCACCGACACAACUUCAAUGUUUCGAUGUAGCAUUUGAUGAAUAGGCUGUUUUCGAAAGAUAUUUACGUGCUUUGGCGAUCUGCUUGCAUUCAGAUUCCCUUGACCAAUUUGGAGACUGAAAAUUCAAUUUGCUGUUUGUGUUUAGGACCGUGGUGGUUUACCAGAUUAUUUUACUCUCAAUAGAACCAGAUUUGUUUACAUUGUAGUCAAUGAUAGAUCUUCAGGUCAUCGUAGUUAGGUGGCUAGAAAAAAUGUAGUCGUCUCUCUAGGUUUUAGAUAUUUGAGUACGGAUAACAGAGCUGCAUGAAUGUACGCGGUAUUGACUGGAGUCGUUCAUUGCUUCAUUUUUGAAUAUGUAACAUGUACUCUUGUCUGUCAUAGACUGAAAAUAGCAAGUUUGUUAAUACUGUAAUGUUAGAACCCCAUUUCCCUGUAUAUAUGCAGUUUACAAGUGUACGUAAAAAGGUGAUGUUAAGACCAUUAACCAUUAUGUAAAUACGACACCUUCUGUUUGGCCGACCAAACCAACUUACAACUUGAAUUCCUUGGAGAUAUAUUUGGUUUAAAAUUUGUAAAUGCAGUAUCUUCAAAUUGAUCUCAUCACUGUCAAUGUUAUAGAAUUUAGCUGUAAUAGAAAAUGUGACAAGAUAUUGCCCGUAUGAUCAACGGAAUAUCUGGCAUUUUUUUUUCAAUAAAAGACAACAUGUCUCAAAAAUUA